UCUGGUCCCAAGCCCAGGCCCGCCCGGUCGUGGUCUCAGUGUGUCGUGACCCUCACCACGCCUCCCCGACCGCCGUCGCCCCGUCGUCUCCGCCGUGCUCGCCACCGCUACCGCCCCCGUCGUAACCGCCGUCGCCGCCACCGCCUGCCAUAUCUCCCCCCGCCCCCGCCGUCUCUCUCAGUCGGCGGCUCGGUGCUCGUCGCCAUCUCGAUGCUCGCCGGCGCCGCCAUGGAGUUCAGCCGCGCGAGCUCCCCUCCGUGUUGAAGGCUGGAGCCGGCCUCCGUCUGGCAUCCCUAGGGCACCCAUAUGGAGUCUGAUUCCUCAAGGUAUUCUCUCAUCGAUUACUCAUACGAUGAACUCCACCGUGCGCGGUUUAUGGAGGAGGAAGGAAGGGUUUUUGACCAGCUCCACCUGAGGUCCGGUGGGGUUAAUGACAAGAUGAAGUAUGACGAGCGAUACACGAAGCAUAUCCGGCAGACUGGGCUUCUCCCUUUCAUCACACUCGUGUCUCGUUGGACGCCGAAGAUGAACCCUUGUUUGAUCAUGGCACUCGUUGACCGAUGGCGUCCCGAGACACAUUCUUUUCACUUCCAUUGUGGGGAGAUGACCGUGACUCUGCAGGACGUUUCUAUGAUCCUUGCACUUCCUAUCAAGGGUGAACCUAUUUGAUUUAGCACUGAUACUGAGGGAUGGCGUGCCACUAUGGAGGGCCUCAUAGGGAAGGAACCAGGUGUUCCGAAGAUGUCUGCCGGUGCAACUUAUUCAUGGAUUGUUCAGAAUUUUGGCCAGUGCCCAGGUGGAUAUGAUGAAGAUAGUGAAGUGGUGCAGCAGUAUACCCGGGCAUAUUGUUGGUAUGUAAUCAGCCGGGUUCUUUUUUCUGACGCCACCGGAGAUCGCGCUUCCUUUAUGUGGCUUCAGUUGUUUGCUGGUUGGAAGCAUGGACUCAGUUGGGGUACAGCUGCACUUGCUUAUUUGUACCGCCAGCUAGAUGAGGCGUGCCGUAGGGGCACGGAUCCAAAGGACCGGAGUAAGUCGAAGGAAGCUAAUAUUGGUGGUCCUAUGAUCCUCUUGUCUGAUUGGUGUUGGGAGCGCUUGCCAGUUGGGCGGCCAACAGUUUUGGAUUACGACCGGUGGGAUGAUCAUGGUGAUCCGGAGCGUAUGGCUACAUGGGCGUGUCAUUGGGACAAGGUUGAAGGUUUCUUUGGUGUUUCGAAGACACACUACUUGCACUACGUCAACGAGCUCGAUGUCAUGAUUCCAGAGCAUGUGACCUGGGAGCCAUAUGAAACAGCGGGUAAUAUUGGUCACGAUAUCUCAUUCGCCUUGAACCCGAAGUGCCUAGACGAAUCACAUCUUUGGAAGUUGCGUGGCCCGUUAAUUUGUUACUACGCGUGGAGUGGCAUCUACCACACCGGGUUAUGACACAGUUUGGCUUAUAUCAGGAGACCCCACCAAAUUUCAAAGACACUUCUUUCCAUCUUCACGGCAUCGACAAGAUCAAGAAGAAGGGCGUAAAGAAUUGGAGCAAGGAACAUAAAGUACACAUCAAGAGGUUCCUUCACAAGAUCGAUAAGAUCGAGCAAAGAAUGCUUAGAGGCACUCCACCUCCCGCCCCGCGGCCUUUCGAUACCGCGGCAUUCAACCGCUAUCUCAUGUGGUUUCGUGGUGUGGCUCGUACACAACUAAACCCGCCGGCAUUUCAAAGUGAGGACAAAUUGCUUGAACCCAAUCCGGGUUUCGAUGAGAUGGCCAAUUUGAAGUACAACAAGCUCAUUAGGACUGGAAGACCCGCACAAUUAGCGCCGAUUGUGCGCUUUGCGGUAUGUUUUCCUCUAGAUCCAAAAAUAACAUAGUACCUCUAGAUAAAAAAUCAUUAAUCUACAAAAAGUGGUUGCUAUGCUCUUUCUUAUAUUUCGUCCAAGGAUGAUCAACACAAUAGAGAUUUAGUAUGGAAAUUCACCAGCCCAGCCCCCGUUGGCUGCUGGUCUGUGUUCAAGAAGUUGC